AUGGAGACAAAUGGGAAAGCCAUUCAGCAGGAGGAAGGAAGGAGACAAAGAAUGGACACUUUCCAAGAUACUUUCCAGAAAGUGGAGAAGAUUGGGGAAGGUACAUAUGGAGUAGUAUAUAAAGCCAGAAACAGGCAGACAGGCCAGUUAGUUGCUUUGAAAAAGAUCCGUUUAGAUUCGGAGACUGAAGGGGUUCCUAGUACAGCAAUCAGAGAAAUCUCUUUGCUGAAAGAGCUGAAACAUCCAAACAUAGUGAGGCUUCUUGAUGUCAUACAUAGUCAGAAGAAACUCUAUCUGGUGUUUGAGUACCUUAAUCAGGACCUUAAAAAAUACAUGGAUUCAUCCCGCACAGGGGAAUUGCCUAUGAGUUUAAUUCAGAGCUAUCUUUACCAGUUACUACAAGGCGUGAGCUUCUGUCAUUCCCACAGAGUCAUCCACAGAGACUUGAAGCCCCAGAACUUACUCAUAAAUGAAACAGGAGCCAUAAAAUUAGCAGAUUUUGGCCUUGCUAGGGCCUUUGGUGUUCCACUGCGCACUUAUACUCAUGAGGUUGUAACUUUAUGGUAUCGAGCCCCUGAAAUUUUACUGGGUUGUAAGUACUACUCCACGGCAGUGGAUAUCUGGAGCAUUGGCUGCAUAUUUGCUGAAAUGGUGACCAGAAAGGCCUUGUUUCCUGGAGACUCAGAAAUUGACCAGCUCUUCCGAAUCUUCCGCACUCUGGGGACACCGACUGAAUCGCUAUGGCCAGGAGUGACUCAGCUUCCUGACUACAAGGGGAGUUUCCCAAGGUGGCCAAGAAAAGACAUGAAGGUGGUAAUUCCAAACUUGGACCGGGAGGGACGAGACUUACUGGCUCAACUACUACUGUAUGACCCCAACAGGCGUAUCUCAGCCAAAGCUGCUCUGAACCACCAGUAUUUCCGGCAGGCGCCAUGGGAUGCCAAAGAGCUGCAUGUGGUGCAGAGAUAUGGCCCAUGAGAGGAGGCAGUUUUGGGAUGAAUGCAGAAGAUGACCUUCUCAUCCUGAUUUAGGUGCACUCUGGUCUUGUGCAGGAGUUAAUAUUAUGUUAAUGUAACAUUUUACUAUUCCAAAGCUUCUUAAAAUGACACUUGCUUG